AUGGGCGGUACAUGGCACGCGACCUUGCUGCUGGGCGGCGGCUCGCGGCUGCAGCAGGUCACUCUCGUGGUCCUGCCUCCCUUCACGGAGGUACCUCCCAUUUCCCCUUCCGGCCUGUGGCUGCGUACGCUGUUUUGGCUGCUCUUAUAUACCCCGCUUUCUUCCCCUUUCUCCUCCUCCUCUUCUCUUCUUCCUCUCUCUCUCUCUCUCCAGUCUCUCCUGACUACAAUCCAUCAAACCGCCCAGCAACUGUCCGUCAGCUACUCCAACUGCUAUCUCACACGCUCUGCGGAACUCGAUUGUUUACCACAUCAACCUACUCCAGCCCGUGCCGUCUCGCUCAUCAUGGCCACACUUACCAAAGUCGAUUCCGCCAUCGCCGGCCUUCCAUCGCCAGCAGAGGCCAAGAAAGCCUCGAAGAAGGUCAGCAGCUCGAGCCCGGACGUCAUGAACAUUAAAGACCUAGAAGGACUAGGGAUCGAACUGCAAAUAGCCCCAGAAACACAGAAGCUCAACUGGAAGCUAAACACCUCACCUUCGUCCCUGGAGGACAAGGAUGUCCUCAAGAAGUUCCUCACAACACCGCCGGUCAAGAAGAUUGACCUAAAUUUCCCACUAGGCCUCGCGGUCACUGCUCGAAACCUAAAAGGCGUAACAAUCAAGGAUUCGCUCGAUGCUAUUUACAAGCAAUUCAGGAAGAAGGCCGACGACGAGCUUGAUAACCCCAUCCUGGCUGGAUUCGAGUGGGAUAAGGAAGAGUCGUGGACCAGGCUCAUUGUACAUCAGAAGAAGGAAGGUGCACCCGCCCCCAGCAAGAAGAGCAAAAAGAAGGGUGCUGCCGCUGCUGAGUAG